CUUCUCUUCUCUUCUCUUCUCUUCUUUUGGAUUUCCAUUCUUUUUGCUCUACAUUUUCCAUUUCUUUCUUCUCUCAUCUUCUUAUCACCAUGCAACUCAUCACCUUUCUCUUUUCACCUCAUGCAUUCCUUCUUCUUUCUUAUUGCCUGCCUUUUCUUUUUUCUUACACACAUUGUUUUCAUUUUCUUCCUUUUUUCUUUCUUCAACAUCUUGGAUCUGCCUUUUCUUUUCUUCUCUCAUGCUUUCUUUCUUUUAAUUUCUCCUGUAAAUCGUGUUUUACAUUCUACUUCUCUUCAUUUUUGUUUUGAAAUGUCAUGUAAUUUUGUUUGUUUUGAAAUGCCUUGUAAUUUUGUUUGUUUUGGUUCUAAUCUUUUUGAUCCCUAUGCCUUCAUUUCUAUUAUGGUUAUUGGAUACUCCUAAUGUUUUCCCCUCGAAUGUAUUUAAGCUCUCAUGUGAUUUUCAUCGCUUUUGUGAUUAUUUAUGUUUAUUACUUUAUUGCUGUAAAGAAAGAAAGAAUAAAUUCGUAAGAUGUAUGUUUGAUCUGACUUUCGCGACUUUUAUAUCUUAAUCUCAUGAAUCUUUCAUAAUGGAUUUCUAAAUUCCAUGUAGCUGAUGGCUACAGGUUGCUGAUGGCCAUUUCCUCAAGAAAAACCCAGCCAUCUUGCGUGUACGCAGGUUUCAAUUGAUAGAGGGGAAUUUCGUUCAAACAAGUGUCUGGUUUGGUAUAUUGACUGUGUUUCUACUACAUACUUCGUCAUGGUUGCCACUGCAGCUACUUCUGCCUUUUUUCCUGCUAUUUCUCCAUCCUCGGAUUCUGGUGCUGGAUCAACUAAAUUCGGUAGUGGAUCUGUCAAUCCUGGACGAAGCAGGCCAAAAUCAUCUUCUCGUGGCUUGCUUGUUAAGGCAAAUGCCCAAGCUCCUCCAAAGAUAAACGGUACUUCUGUUGGAAUUGAGGGUGUCAAGUUUGACGAUGAUUUGACAACAUCACCUCCUCCGAGGACUUUCAUUAAUCUACUACCUGACUGGAGUAUGCUUCUUGCUGCCAUCACCACCAUCUUUCUGGCUGCUGAGAAGCAAUGGAUGAUGCUCGACUGGAAGCCUAGGCGGCCUGACAUGCUUAUUGAUCCAUUUGGUUUGGGGAGAAUUGUUCAGGAUGGUCUUGUGUUUAGACAGAAUUUUUCAAUUAGAUCAUAUGAAAUUGGUGCAGAUCGGACAGCGUCUAUAGAAACAUUAAUGAAUCAUUUACAGGAAACUGCACUUAAUCAUGUAAAAACUGCUGGACUGCUAGGUGAUGGAUUUGGUUCUACACCAGAAAUGUGUAAAAAAAACUUGAUAUGGGUAGUUGCGAAGAUGCAAGUUGUGGUAGAUAGAUACCCUACAUGGGGUGAUGUUGUUCAAGUAGACACUUGGGUCUGUGCAUCUGGGAAGAAUGGCAUGCGACGAGAUUGGCUUGUUCGUGAUUGCAAAACUGGUGAAACUCUCACUAGGGCCUCAAGUGUCUGGGUGAUGAUGAAUAAGCAGACAAGAAAAUUAUCAAAGAUUCCUGGUGAAGUUAGAGGUGAAAUAGAACCUUACUUUGCAAAUUCACCUCCCAUAGUAGAAGAAGAUGGUAGAAAACUCCCAAAACUUGAUGAUGAUAGUGCUGAUUACAUUCGUACAGGUUUAACGCCUAGAUGGAGUGAUUUAGAUAUUAACCAGCACGUUAACAACGUCAAGUACAUUGGCUGGAUACUCGAGAGUGCUCCAUUGCCAAUCCUGGAGAGUCAUGAACUCUCUACUAUGACUUUAGAAUACAGGAGAGAAUGUGGAAGGGACAGUGUGCUUCAAUCUCUUACUGCUGUAUCUGGUGCUGGUAUCACCAAUUUAGCAGAUGCUGGCGACAUCGAGUGCCAGCACCUGCUUCGACUUGAAAACGGAGCUGAGAUUGUUAGAGGAAGAACUGAAUGGAGGCCCAAACAUGCAACAAACUUCGGAAUGCUGGAUCAGAUUCCAGCCGGAAAUAUUUAAAAGGCAAAAUAAAAGAGGAAAGAAAAGAACAUCAAUUCAAGAAGCUAUCUCGUAGCGGGAGUCUCUAAUUGGCCCACCCUUGUGCAUUCAUUGCUUGUGUUAUAGAGUCCUGCUGCUGUUUCUUCUCGGAUUUGCAAAAAUCCCAUAUGAUUAUAUGAUCUUUAUAUUUAUAUAUAUUUAUAUAUAUGUAUAUGUAUAUUUUUUUUUCCAGUCCUUCCCUAAACUAUCUGUUUUCCUUGGGGAAAAAAAAGAACAGAAAAACAUGCAGUUCCCAUUGUAAUUAGUCAAUUCUUUUAUUGUCCGCUCUCUCCCAUUGUCUCAACGGGAAGGUAAAAGUAUAGAUAACCCCUCUCUAAUGUCUUGGUCUUUAGGUUAAACGCUCUGGCUGACUGUUCCUGGGUUUUUCCUUAUUUGUUGAUUGCUUUCAUUUAAUUAGAGUUGAAAAUGUGUAAUAUUUUUCAUGUGUGGUGUACUGAUUGAUCCUUAAUUUAAUUUAAUUUUUUUUACCAA